AUGGCAACCGCUCCGCCCCGCCCCUCCCCUGACGUCACCCCCCGAAGCUUCCAGGCUCCGCCCCUCCCAGCUGGCCCCCCCCCCUCCCUCCCGCCCCCCCCCUUCGGCCCCCCCCCCAUCAGCCCCCCCCCCCGCACCCGCCGCAGCCGCGCACGGACCCGCAUCGGCACCGGCACCCCCGGGACCCCCCCGGGACCCCCCCGGGACCCCCCCGGCACCCACCGGGACCCAACGGGACCCACCGGCACCCACCGGGACCCCCCGAACCACCGGGAGCCCCCCCCGGAACCGCCUUGGGGUCCCCCCAUCCCCAUCCCGAGGGGCCCCCCCCGGGCCCCCCCACUCCCCGCUCUCUGUCCGCGCCGCCCGGUCCCGCUGGCGGGUUUCUGGGGCUCGGGCUCCCCCGGCGGCGCGGCGCGGGGGGGGCUCUGCUCCAGGCUGGACGCGCUCAAGCACUGGGAUGGGGGGGGCCCGCUGUGGUGCGAGAGGGGGGUCCAGGCGCUGCUCACGGCCGUGGGCGCCUUCGCGGCCUUCGGCCUCAUGACCAUCGCCAUCGGCACCGACUAUUGGCUCUACGCCCGCGCCUUCAUCUGCAACACCAGCAACGCCUCCGGCGACGACGCGGCGCAGCGCGACCGCCGCGACCCCGGCGGCAUGACCCACUCCGGCCUCUGGAGGGUGUGCUGCCUCGAAGGCCUCAAGCGGGGGCUUUGCCUGAAGAUCAACCACUUCCCCGAGGACAUGGAGUACGACCAUGACAGCGCCGAGUACCUGCUCCGGGUGGUCCGAGCCUCCAGCAUCUUCCCGAUCCUGAGCGCGGCACUGCUGCUGCUGGGGGGGGUCUGCGUGGCCGCCAGCCGCCUGCGGGGGGCCCGCACCAGCCUCGUGCUGGGGGCCGGUAUCCUCUUCGUGGCUGCUGGUCUCAGCAACAUCAUCGGGGUGAUCGUGUACAUCUCGUCCAACGCGGGGGAGCCGGGCCCGCGCCGCGAGGAGCCCAAGAAGAGCCAUUACUCCUACGGCUGGUCCUUCUACUUCGGGGGCCUCUCGUUCAUCCUGGCCGAGGCCAUCGGCGUCCUCGCCGUCAACCUCUACAUCGAGCGGCACCGCAAGGCCCGGGGGGGGGGCGGCCCCCUCCUGCCCUCCAUAACGCGUUCGGGAAGGAACCACCCGGCGGGGGGGGGGCCCGAGAGUGCGUCCGGGACCAGCACCCUGAAUCGCAAGACAACCCCCGUGUAG